AUGCCUGUCCGUCCAGCAACAUGGGCAGAUCUCAAGCCAGCAUCUCGCAUCGCUGCGCUGGCCUUUUGGGAAGAUGAGCUCCACGGCGCACGCUUACAUCCCCAUCGAUCCAGACACCCCAAAAGCUUCGAGCGAUUCUUCUUACACGACCUGCGCGAGAGUUACUUCGAUGCUGGCACCCACGUCUGGAUCUCUCAUCCCGAGCAUCACCCUGAAGAGGUCACCGGCAUGGCAGUGUGGAUGCGCACCGGAGACGGCGGCAAACGCCUGCAAGCUCGCCAAUCCUGGCUACGUUGGCUGAUGAGUCGAUUGAUCCUUCCAGUCUACAACAAGAUUGACUUGCUAGUCCAUCCCAACAAUGCCGCCGAUGCUGCAGGCUGGAGAGACAUGGAAAAUUCUUUUCCCUUCAUGGAGCAAUACUUUGGAAAGCCAGGCUACGACGAGACCUGGGAUCUAGUGUUACUUUUCCAAGCACCUCAAUAUCAAGGCUGUGGAUACGGUAGAGAGCUGGUCCGAUGGGGACUUGACCGAGCGAAAGAAGAAGGUAUCCGUGUUAGUUUGGUGAGCACAAAAGGCGCAGAAGGGUUCUACAUCAAACUGGGUAUUGAUGAACAUGUCGGAAACGCUUCUGAUGGUGGUGAGAAGAACCCUUUCCAUGAUCUUAGCGGGGGAAAGAUUUUGUUCUCGAAGAAGUUCGACAAGGCAGUUGAAGAAGUCUAG